GGCUCUCUCUCUCUCUCUCUCUUCCUCUCCCUAUUGUGAUUAUAUGCACAGUCAUUCCAGACUUGUCUGAAGUUUUAUGGUUUUGAACUUAAGGAAAUUUUGUCUGGCAUCAUCGAAGAAGAUGGGACUGAUUUCAGGAAUGGUGAUGGGGAUGAUGGUCGGGGUAGGCUUGAUGGCAAGUAUGCGACGUAUGAUGAGAUAUCGCAGCAGCAAGCGUAGCGCCAAGGCUGUUGAUGUAAAACUUAUGGGAUGCCUCAACAGGGAUGAUCUGAAGAAAAUCUGUGGUGACAAAUUACCUGAAUGGAUAUCAUUCCCCGUUUAUGAGCAGGUGAAAUGGUUGAACAAACAUUUAAGCAAAUUGUGGCCAUUUGUUGCAGAUGCUGCUGAGGGUGUUAUAAGAGAGUCUGUUGAACCUUUAUUAGAAGAAUAUCGACCUACAGGAAUUACUUCUUUGAAGUUCAGCAAACUGUCACUGGGAACUGUGGCACCAAAGAUUGAAGGUAUUCGUGUUCAAAGCCUGAAAGAGGGUCAAAUUACAAUGGAUAUUGACCUCCGAUGGGGUGGAGAUCCCAGUAUCAUUCUAGCUGUGGAAGCUGCACUAGUUGCUUCUAUACCCAUUCAGUUGAAGGAUCUUCAGGUCUUCACUGUUAUCCGUGUUAUCUUUCAACUUACAGAGGAAAUUCCAUGCAUAUCUGCUGUUGUUGUUGCUUUACUUGCUGAGCCAAAGCCGAGAAUCGAUUAUGUGUUGAAGGCUGUUGGUGGAAGUCUAACAGCUAUUCCUGGAAUAUCUGAUAUGAUUGAUGAUACUGUGGAAUCAAUUGUCACGGAUAUGCUACAAUGGCCUCACAGGAUUGUUGUUCCAAUUGGUGGCAUUCCUUUAGAUACAAGUGAUUUGGAGCUUAAGCCUCAGGGGAAGCUCACAGUAACAAUAAUCAAGGCUAGUGACUUAAAGAACCAGGAAAUGAUUGGAAAAUCUGAUCCAUAUGUGGUUGUAUUCAUCCGUCCACUGUUCAAAGUUAAAACAAAGACAAUUGAUAACAACCUAAAUCCUGUUUGGAAUGAGAUAUUCGAAUUGAUUGCGGAAGACAAGGAGACGCAAUCGCUUAUCAUUGAGGUUUUUGAUAAAGAUAAUGUUGGGAAAGAUGAACGUAUGGGCAUUGCUAAGUUACCUCUGAUUGAGCUGGAAGCAGAGACAGAAAAAGAAAUUGAAUUGAGAUUGCUGCCAAAACUGGAUAUGCUUAGGGUGAUAGACAAGAAGGAUAGAGGAACUGUUACAAUUAAGGUGUUGUACCAUGAAUUUAACAAGGAAGAGCAGCAAGCUGCUCUGGAGGAAGAGAAGAGGAUCCUAGAAGAAAGAAAGAAGCUGAAGGAGGCUGGUAUCAUCGGGAGCACAAUGGAUGCUCUCGAUGGGGCAGCAUCUCUUGUUGGUUCCGGUGUUGGUAUGGUGGGAACUGGCAUUGGUGCAGGAGUGGGGCUCGUGGGAACUGGCAUUAGUGCAGGAGCGGGGCUCGUGGGAACCGGUGUUGGUGCAGGGGUGGGGCUUGUGGGAAGUGGCAUAGGUGCAGUUGGAAGCGGGCUAGGCAAAGCUGGAAAGUUUGUUGGUAGGACCUUUACUGGUUCUAGCAAUUCCAAGACCCAACAGAGUGACUCCUCCGCCCCUGCUCCAGCUCCGGCCCCCGCCCCCACCCCUGAAGAAGACAGUGGUGCUAAACCACUCUAGGUUUGCGCAUAAACUCACUCACUCUUAUCUGUAUCCCGCCAUUAAUUGCCUGUGUAUUUAGAGUUUGUGAUUAUAGCCUACUUUUAGAUUGGAUUUCUUUUAAAGUUUUACUGUGUACUGGUUUGUGAGUUGAAACAUUCACUGUUCAUAUUUCAUAAAAUGCCGUACUGCAGUAAAUUUAGUCACCCGGAUGGCACAGAUGUGUUUUCUGAAAUCCUUGUAAAAUUCACCUAAGAUGAAAAGUCAACUUUGUUGUUUUACUGUUUGGUGAUAUUCUUGACUAGUUAAAUUUGUCA